CGAGCUGUGUUCUAGUUGUUCGUUGAGUCCCUCUAACCAUGCCCGAAGACUAGUCAAAGAGAGAAAAAUGGGAGCAGAAUUGAUUCGAGAGAGGAGAGAGGAGACAGGAACGCCCACAAUUGUCCUCUAGUUUUUCGUUAAGUGCAGUUUCCUCAUGGGCUGCUCCGCACAUCAGGGCAUCACUGUCGGCUUCAACAUGCAAAAUCGCUGAUAAAUGGAGCAUCUUGGAGUUCGUCUUGUUUGAUUGUAGGGCUUUUGUCGGCGCCUCUAUUUGAUCAUCUUUCUACGAGGAAGCAUGCAAAGAGUUAGUAUUUCAUCCCAUCAGUCCCCAGUUCACAAGCUUGGAGAUACUCAGAUGAGGCUAUCUCCCAAAUUUAGACUACAGAAGACAUUACCUCCUCCAUGUCCAUCAGAUUCCAAGUUAACAAUCGAAUUAGGGCCUGUAAUCCCUGGUCUGCCUGAUGAUAUCGCACUCACUUGUCUUCUCCGUCUGCCUCUCAACUUACACUCCACUUGCCGUGCUGUGUGUCGGCGGUGGCAGCAUAUUCUUGCAAGGAAGGAGCUUUUCUUCGCUCAAAGGAGAGCACUUGGCUUCAGCAGUCCCUUCUUAUUCACCUUUGCAUUCCACCGCUGUAAUGGCCAGGUUCAAUGGCAGGUUCUGGACCUCACUCACCUCUGUUGGCACACAAUUCCGGCAAUGCCAUGCAGAGACCGUGUUUGCCCUCAUGGAAUUGGCUGUGUUGCAAUUCCACAUGAUUCUUCUCUUUUGGUUUGUGGAGGGAUUGUUUCAGAUAUGGACUGUCCUCUCCAUUUGGUUCUUAAGUUCGAGGUUUGUAGAAAUAGGUGGACUGUCAUGACAAGAAUGCACACCCCACGUUCAUUCUUUGCUGGUGGGGUGAUAGAUGGAAUGGUUUAUGUUGCUGGGGGGUUUAGUACUGACCAAUAUGAGCUUGAUUCUGCUGAGGUCUUUGAUCCAGUUUGUGGGACCUGGCAUCCUGUUGCAAGGAUGCUGACCAACAUGUCUUCUUAUGACUCUGUUGUGCUUGGUGGCAAGCUUUAUGUCACUGAAGGAUGGGUCUGGCCAUUCUUAUCUUCUCCAAGGGGACAGGUUUAUGAUCCAAAGACAGAUACCUGGGAGUCUAUGGCUGCUGGAAUGCGAGAAGGGUGGACUGGCUUAAGUGUGAUUCUGGAUGGUCAUCUUUUUGUGAUUUCUGAGCAUGAAGGGAUGAGAGUUAAAGUUUAUGAUACAGAAUCUGAUUCAUGGGGAACUGUUGAGGGUUGUUCCGUGCCUGAGAGAAUUAGAAAGCCUUUUUCUGUCAGUGCUAAUGGUUGGACAAUCUAUGUUGUUGGACGAGGCCUUCAUGUAGCUAUUGGCUUUGUGCAGAGGGAAAGUUCUGUUGUAUCCGUUGAUAGUCUUGUGAAAUCAUGCUUCUCAAUUCGGUGGUAUGAAGUAGAUGUCCCGAUCGCCUUCUGCGACUUGACACCCUCCUGCACACAGGUUCUCUUUGGAGAAGAGAGGGAUAUUGAUAGCUGAGAACCCCUCUUUUAA